AUGUCAGACGCUGCCGUGGACACCAGCUCCGAGAUCACCACCAAGGACUUGAAGGAGAAGAAGGAGGUCGUGGAGGAGGCGGAGAACGGCAGAGACGCCCCCGCAAACGGGAACGCUAACGAGGAGAAUGGCGAACAGGAGGCCGACAACGAGGAUGAGGAGGCAGAGGCAGCUACGGGCAAGCGGGCAGCUGAGGACGACGAGGACGACGACGUGGAUACCAAGAAGCAGAAGAUCGACGAGGAUGACUAG